UGUUAAAGUUGAAGGAGGAAAGAUGCUUGUUGUGUCCUUAUAUGUAGACGACUUGAUUUAUACUGGAAAUGAUGCUGCUAUGUUUGAAAAAUUGAAGCAAUCCAUGAUGCUUGAAUUUGAUAUGUCUGAUCCUGGAAUGAUGCACUAUUUUCUUGGCAUUGAAGUUGUGCAAUCUGUUGCUGGUAUUUUUAUUACUCAAAGAAGGUAUGCUCGAGAAAUCCUUGACAGGUUUGGAAUGAAGAACUAUAAUCUUGCCGAAACUCCAACUGGAGCUGGUCUUCAACCUGUGAAAUAUCCAGAAGAUGGGAGGAAAGUGGACAGAAGAGUGUUCAAACAAAUCGUGGAAAGUUUGAUGUAUUUGACUACUACUAGACCUGACAUAAUGUAUUCUGUCAGCCUUGUUAGUAGGUAUAUGAGAUUCCCUCAGGAGAUUCAUCUUGCAGCUGCCAAACGAAUUCUCCGUUACGUGUAGGGAACAAUUGAUUGCAGAGUGUUUUACAAGA